AAAAUGACAGAUUCCACCUAAGAAACCACACACACGCUAACAAACACAACCUCUCUCAUAUUAUACAAAGCAUGCAUUUGCAUUUAUAGACCCACUUUAGUUAUAGCAAAAGCCUGAAAGGCUCGGAUUGCCAUGGGAACUUCUACAAUUCAUAAACCUAUUCUUCUCAUACUGCAGAUGUUCAUUUCACCUCUCAUAAUAUUAUGUGGUGACACAACUUUAGCCAAAAGCUUGGGUCAAUCUUCAUUUCCCAGCUACUUUCUCUUUGGAACUGCCUCAUCUGCUUAUCAGUUUGAAGGUGCUUAUUUAAGUGAUGGUAAAGGUUUAAACAACUGGGAUGUGUUCUCUCACAAACCAGGUAACAUAAUUGAUGGAAGUAAUGGAGAUCUUGCAGUGGAUCAUUAUUAUCGGUAUAUGGAAGACAUAGAGUUGAUGGGAUCGCUAGGAGUGAACAGUUAUCGCUUCUCAAUAUCAUGGGCUAGAAUCUUACCUGCGGGCAGAUUUGGAGAAGUUAAUUUGGCUGGAAUUGACCACUAUAACAAGCUCAUUGAUGUUCUCCUACUUAAAGGGAUCCAACCAUUUGUUACUUUAAACCACUUCGAUAUACCUCAAGAACUUGAGGAUAGGUUUGGAGGAUGGCUUAGUCCGGAAUCACAGGAAGAAUUUCGACAUUUUUCUGAUACUUGUUUUAAAUCUUUUGGGGACCGAGUGAAGUAUUGGGCAACCUUCAAUGAGCCAAAUCUCCAAGUCACAAGUGGUUACCGCUCAGGUAUAUAUCCACCAGCUCGUUGCUCAAGCCCAUUUGGAAAUUGUAAUGAUGGGGAUUCAGAGAAGGAGCCGUUUGUAGCAGCCCAUAAUAUUAUCCUAUCACAUGCAGCUGCAGUUGAUAUUUUUCGAAGCAAAUACCAGAAAAUACAAGGAGGUAUGAUUGGGAUUGUCUUAUAUGCUGCAUGGUUUGAACCUAUUAGCAACUCCACAGCAGACACGUCAGCUGCUAAACGAGCUCAAUCCUUUUUAACAAACUGGAUCUUGGACCCAAUUAUAUUAGGGAGAUAUCCAUCAGAGAUGAAUGACAUUCUUGGAUCCAACUUACCAGAAUUUUCAAACAACGACAAGGACAAACUGAAGAACGGAUUGGAUUUUAUUGGCAUCAAUCACUACACCAGUUACUAUGUCCAAGACUGCAUCUCCUCCAAAUGUGAGCCUGGACCAGGGAUUUCAAAGACAGAAGGUUUUUACCUACAGAGUUCACAAAGAAAUGGUGUCCCCAUUGGAGAAUAUACUGAUCUAGAUUGGUUAAAUGUUUACCCGCAAGGAUUGGAGAAAACCAUUACCUAUAUAAAGGAAAGAUAUAAUAAUACACCCAUGUUCAUUACAGAAAAUGGGUAUGGCGAAGUCUACAAUCCAAAUUCCACCAUUGAAGAUUUCCUCCAUGAUGUCAGAAGAGCGAACUACAUAGCUGGCUAUCUAGAUGCACUAUCGGUGGCAAUAAGAAAAGGAGCAGAUGUGAGGGGUUACUUCGCUUGGUCCUUGCUUGACAACUUCGAGUGGAUAUUUGGAUAUACAGUAAGAUUUGGACUUCACCACGUUGAUCAUGCCACACUGAAGAGAACUCCAAAAUUGUCAGCAAGUUGGUACAAACAGUUCAUCACUAAGCAUAAGGUUGUAACCUUAAUGCCAGGACCUAAUCAACAAAAGUUCCAGUAUUAAUGUAUUCCUUAUGUUUUUGUGUUUUAAAGUAUAAAGAAAGAACAAGGAAAUUUGCUAAUACUAUUCUUUAGCAUUUACCUCA